AGGACAGCCUGGCCUGUUCCGAUGUUUAAAACUCAAUUUUCCACUCAAGGCCAGGGUUUUCUAGGCAGCGUCUUCUUCUUCUGCUCUCCCUUUCCUCCCUCCCUCCCUCCCUCCCUCCCUCCCUCCCUCCUUCUCUCUCCUCACCAGGGCCGCUGGAUCCACUCGUUCCUCGCUUGAUCUCCUCAAGAUAACUGUUAAAGGCUGAGGAGUCCUUGAAACGAGAUUUGGGCUUUUGGUUUCUAGAUUUUGUGGGGAGAGAGGGAUAGGCAGAGAUGUCGAGUGGUGGAAACACUCAUUGGUGUUACAGAUGCCGGCGGCCAGUUCGACUCCGAGGCCGAGAUGCAGUUUGUCCCAACUGUAAUGGAGGAUUUAUUCAAGAACUGAAUGAUAUGGUGAGUAUUAGUCCAAUAGAUUUCCUUGGACUGGACACUGAUGAAGAUCGUGACCGUAGGUUCGGAAUUAUGGAAGCAUUCUCAGCUUUUAUGAGGCAUAGAUUGGCAGGGAUAAACCAAAACCAUGAUAUCAGAGGGAGAUCGGGCUCUGUUCCUGAACACGGUCAGGGGUUCCCAUCAUUGUUUUUUGGGGGUCAGAUUCCUCUUAGGUUAUCUGACACUGGAGGAAUUGAAGUUCUUUGGAAUGGACCCCAUGGAAUUGGUGCGACACGGGGUAAUGUUGGUGACUACUUUAUAGGUCCUGGACUGGAAGAAUUGUUUGAGCAGCUUUCUGUUAAUGAUAGACGGGGUCCUCCUCCAGCAUCCAGAUCUUCGAUUGAUGCAAUGCCCACAAUUAAGAUCACACAGAAACAUCUUCGCUCAGAUUCUCAUUGCCCAGUUUGCAAAGACAGAUUUGAGUUGGGUUCCGAAGCAAGGAAAAUGCCAUGUAAUCAUAUAUAUCAUUCAGAUUGUAUUGUCCCAUGGCUGGUUCAGCACAACUCUUGUCCUGUUUGCCGCCAUGAAUUGCCACCUCAGGGAUCGAGCCGUGGUCAUAGUCAUCAAACCUCAAGCAGUGGAAAUAGAAGUAGCAGUUAUAGUAGUAAUUCCAAUGGAAGGGAGAACGGUAGGGAUAAUCAGGGAAGACGAAGUGCAUGGUCGCUUUUGUGGCCAUUCCGCUCAUCUAACUCUAGUUCUCACCACAACGAAACAGGUGGAAGCAGCUCAGCAACUGUGCAUGAAGAUAUUCACCAACAGACGGGGUAUCAUGGAUGGCCUUUUGAUUAAGGUCAGCAUGUUUAGAACAUGGUUUGCCUCUUUUCGUUUUUUUUUUCCCUUCCCGUAUCUGAGAUCGUACUUUACGGUCAAUGGCUCCAAUCCAACCAACUAUUGCUUGGAGGUAAGUGGUUUCAGACCUUGGAGCCUAGCAGACUGGAAUCUGUUUGAAGGUAAAUGAAAGUCUUUGUGUGUUAUAACCUAGAUCUUUUCAUGUAAAUGACCCUCUUUUUGGUGAAUUACAUCUUUUUCGUAGAUGCUUCAUGGAUGUUGGUCUGAUGUUGCCAUGAGCCUAUGAGAGCUUGUAAGGUUUUUUUAAGGUCUGCAGAAGCCUGUGUUUCUAUUUA